CAAACAAUAUACGGAGUAUUACGUAUAGAAUACUCCGUAGUACUCUAGCCUAAUCCCUAACGGGCAACACCAUAAUUUGAAAUUCAAACCAAAAGUUUGGAAAUUGAAAUGAAAAGCCAACUUCAAACACCAAUCAAUCCGGUUUAACAUCUGCAGUCAAGGAGUUGCAGAGUUCACUACCGCAUACCAAAGAGGAAAUGGCUGAUCAAGGCAAGAAGAAGCAACACCUAAGCCUCAAUCAGCGUCACACCCGCGUCCUCUUAGACCUCUCCGCAUCACAUUCCAAAGCUCCUCCAUCUUCUUGCUUUCACGAGGGGAGAGUUAAUUUCGGAGCCAAUGCAGAUAUGGGAAAUGAGAAGCAACAAGAGGCCGUUCCCAGUUUUGGAAUUGGUUUAGAUUCUCUAUCUGCUUCUCCUUGUACUGAGGAAAAUGCAAUUAAACCUGAGAGAAAGCUCCAAGAUAAAAAUGAGGAUGUUCCUAACUUCGGAACUGAUCUUGUUUCUCCUACCAUUUCUCCACCUCUUGAAGAAUAUGCAAGUACUGCCGGUAACAAAGUCCAAGAAAAAGAAGAGGAUGUUCCUAACUUUGGAAUUGGUUUUGAUUCCCCUAUUCCUCCUCCUCCGCCUCUUGAGGAAAAUUCAACCACUGCAGAGGGAAAUCUCCAAGAAGAAAAUGACAAUGUUCUUAACUCUGGAAUCAAUUUUGAUUCUCCUAAUGGUUCUUCUCUUCCAGAACCGAAAGAAAAGGAUGGGAAGAGGAGGAUCAAAGGUCGACGUCGCCUGUGUAAAAUUGUGCAUGACAUCAACAUAAAUGAAAACGAUCCUGUUUUUGAUGAAGGGACAAAUGGUUUGGAGAUUCCAGACUUUGAUUCAUCACCCCCAGUAAGAAAUGCAGCGGCGAAUGAAUAUUCUGGUGGUGGAAAUGAAAUAAGGGACAUCAACAUAAAUGAAAACGAUCCUGUUUUUGAUGAAGGGACAAAUGGUUUGGAGAUUCCAGACUUUGAUUCAUCACCCCCAGUAAGAAAUGCAGCGGCGAAUGAAUAUUCUGGUGGUGGAAAUGAAAUAAGGGAUAUCCUGAAUGAUUUAAGUUCAAGACUUGAGAUUCUUUCAAUUGAUAGGACAAAGGUCCAAAAGAAGAUUGAUAGAACUGAAAGAGUGGAAGAGUUUCCAGAAUACGAAAGUGCUGAUUCUUCAUUUUCAGUCUCAUCUGAUGAAGAAAUGAAGAAGAAGAAAAAUGAAGUUAAAGCAGUGGCAGGAAAAUCGGAAUGUGUGGGAAAAAGUCACCCUUCAUAUCAUGAGCUAGAUGACACUGAUGAUGACUGUGUAGUUGUGAGUGAAAAAAAAGCUUUAAAAAAUUUUGGAAGUCCAAACAAGUAUUCUGCACAUGAGCAUUGUCACGGUGAUGAGGUUGAUGAUCGAUGUGGAGAUGGUUUUGCCUCAGAGGAAGAGCAUCUAUUCACUUCAAAUGGUCUAAAGUUUAUGCUACCUGGAGAAGUUGCAAAUAUGUUAUAUCCCCAUCAGCGUGAUGGUUUGAAGUGGCUAUGGUCUAUCCACUCCAAAGGGAAGGGGGGCAUUUUGGGUGAUGAUAUGGGUCUGGGCAAGACAAUGCAGAUAUGUGGCUUUCUAGCCGGGCUGUUUCAUUCAAAUAUGAUUAGGAGGGUAAUGGUGGUUGCUCCAAAAACAUUAAUGCCCCAUUGGAUCAAGGAAUUAACUGUUGUGGGGUUAUCAGGGAAAAUUAGAGAAUAUUAUGGGACUAGCAUUAAGGCUCGGGACUAUGAACUCCGUUACAUACUAGAGGAUAAAGGCGUGCUUCUCACAACUUAUGACAUUGUAAGAAACAAUGUUAAAUCUUUGUGCGGAGAUUAUUAUCACCGUGGUGAUCAAAGUGAGGAUGAGGUUAUAUGGGAUUAUAUGAUUCUUGAUGAGGGUCAUUUGAUAAAAAAUCCCAGCACACAAAGAGCAAAAAGCUUACAUGAGAUACCUUCUGCUCACCGUAUCAUUAUUAGUGGGACGCCGCUCCAAAACAAUCUAAAGGAACUCUGGGCUCUAUUCAACUUCUGUUGUCCUGGGUUGCUUGGUGAUAAGAAAUGGUUCAAAGAAAAAUAUGAGCAUUUUAUUCUUCGUGGAAAUGAAAAGAAUGCAUCAGACAGGGAAAAGCGUAUCAGUUCACAAGUGGCAAAGGAGUUACGAGAGUGUAUACAACCUUACUUUUUGCGGCGUCUUAAAAGUGAUGUAUUUACAGAUGAUACCUCAACUGGCAUAAAGCUUUCAAAGAAAAGCGAGAUGUGUGUGUGGCUAAAAUUAACUAGUUGCCAGCGUCAACUAUACGUUGCUUUUUUAAAAAGUGAGAUAGUACUUUCAGCAUGUGAUAGCUCACCAUUGGCAGCAUUAACGAUCCUAAAAAAAAUCUGUGACCAUCCUCUGUUAUUGACCAAAAGAGCUGCCGAAGAAGUUUUAGAAGGGAUGGAAUCGAUCUCAUUGCCAAGCCAAGAGGAUCAAGCUAUGGCUGAAAGAUUGGCAAUGCAAAUGGCAAAAGCAGCUGAGAAAUUAGACUUUGAGGAUAGUCAAAAUAUUUCUUGCAAGAUUAAUUUCAUUAUGCAGUUGCUGGAAUUCUUAAUUCCAAAUGGACACCAUGUUCUCAUUUUUUCACAAACACGGAAGAUGCUUGAUCAGAUUCAGGCCUCUUUAAUGUCUGUUGAUCUGAAGUUCUUGCGUAUUGAUGGGACUACUAAAGCUGCUGACAGAUUGAAAAUAGUUAAUAACUUUCAAGAGGGACAUGGUGCUCCUAUCUUCCUUUUAACUUCUCAAGUUGGUGGUUUGGGGCUUACACUGACUAAAGCUGAUCGUGUGAUUGUGGUUGACCCUGCAUGGAAUCCGAGUACCGACAAUCAGAGUGUUGACCGAGCUUAUCGUAUUGGGCAAAAGAAGGAUGUAGUUGUGUAUAGAUUGAUGACCUGUGGGACAGUUGAGGAGAAGAUCUAUAGAAAGCAGGUAUUCAAGGGGGGUUUGUUUAAAACUGCAACAGAGCACAAAGAACAAAUACGCUACUUUAGUAGAGGGGAUCUACAAGAACUUUUUAGCAUCCCGAAACAGGGGUUUGACGUCUCUUUGACUCAACAACAGUUGCAUGAAGAGCACGAUCACCACCAUGAGAUCAGGAAAGGGUCCCUAAAAGCUGAAAUGGAGUUUCUUGGUGCUAUGGAUAUAGGGGGAGUGAGUCAACACAGUCUUCUGUUUUCAAAAACAGCCCCUGUACCAGUAGAUCAGGAUGAUGAGGAUGUCAGCGGCAGUGUAAGAGGGCCCACAUAUGUUGGAAAUGUCUCCUCACGCUCAUCAGUGGAACCUAUUCCCAAUGAAGGGGCACAGUUCGCGUUCAAACCAAAGGAUGUGAAGAAUUUCAACAGGCCAAUGAAAGCGUCUAGUUCUGUACCACGUCAAACUGAGGCUGAAAUUAGAGAUCGAAUCAAAAGACUUUCUCAUGUUCUUUCAGAAAAGGGAGUGAAGUUGCCUGAUAAAGGAGAGAAACUGCGAAAGCAAAUAGCUGAGCUGCAUUCAGAACUUUACCAGAUUCAAAACGAAGGGGAAGAGUAUAAAGAAGUCAUUGACCUGGAUGACUUAUCUGGGAAGUUCAAAAGGGUAAUUAAUGUAUAGGAGUCCUUAUGAAUGGAUUUUGUAUUGUUACUUCUAAUUUUUGUUUACAGAUCUUGGUAAAAGAGUUCCUCUAUGCUGGUUAACAGCUAGUUUUCCAAGUAGCUGACACACAUUUACG